CGGAAGUAAUGCGGAUCGAUUGCUCUCGCUUCGCUUCAUUACCAGUUCUAUCUUCUCUGUGGCUGCCAGUAUGGUCGUACUGAAGGGAAUCCCCUCCGUUGUAUCUCCUGAUCUGCUGUAUGCUCUCGCUAAAAUGGGCCACGGGGAUGAACUGGUUCUUGCUGAUGCAAAUUUUCCAGCAUCUUCCAUUUGUGCUUGUGGUCCAAAAGAGAUAAGAGCUGAUGGUUUGGGAAUACCACGGCUUUUGGAGGCCAUUUUGAAGCUGCUGCCCCUGGACACCUAUGUCCCUUCUCCGGCUGCAGUCAUGGAUCUGGUAAACAGUGACAAACAGAGAGGUUUAGCUGUCCCUGUGUGGGACACCUACACACUGCUCCUUGGUCAGGCAGGGUCUGAGUCUCCUCUUGAGAAGGUGGAGAGGUUUGCUUUCUAUGAGCGAGCCAAGAAAGCCUACGCUGUUGUGGCAACAGGGGAAACAGCUCUGUAUGGGAAUCUGAUACUGAAGAAAGGGGUCAUUCCUGCUGAGCUGCUACAGUGACACACACACACACACACACACACACACACACACACACACA